AUGUCUCUCUGCAGAGAAAAUCCGGUAACUUGCAUAGAUAAAGUUAACGAGCUGCGCUUCUGCCCAAAACUCUCCCCUAACUNGGGGGUGAUGAGGGUGCUUGGGGUGAUAGCGGGUGAUGGAAGUGGUGAUCGUGGUGGGUACCUGGACGUGAAUGAGAUCAAAGGCAUCGACCCUGAGCGCAUCCAGCACCUGAAGGCGCUCAAGAGGCUGGACCUGAGCAACAAUCAGAUCACUAUUCUCUCCAACAAAACAUUCGCUGAGCUCACCGAACUCUCCACUCUGAUCGUGUCGUUCAACAAGCUAGGCUGCGUGGAGCGCGACGCGCUGUACGGCCUGUCGUCUCUGCGCAUCCUGUCGCUGCACGGCAACGACGUAUCCUUCAUCCCUGAGGGCACAUUCCGCGACAUCGCUUCAGACACACACGUGUGG